GGGGCCCAUGGCAGAUUACGGUGCCUGGCGAAGCAGCAAUGGGAGGCCGUAAUCUGCCACACCCUAUGACAAAAUGGAAAACCCACCCGCAGUGUGAGGAGACCUGAAAGUGCACAUGGCAAAGUGUGGCGAUGGACAGCCCCAAUGGGAGGGCCCUACGGGACCCCAUGACCACUCUGGGGGCCUGGCAGCAGCAUGAGGAGGCGGUACAGGGGGCCCCUGACCGAUUUUUUCGGGGCCUGGCAGCAGCAAAGGGGGGCCCCUAAACUGCCAAACCCUAUGACAAAAUUGGGAAACCCCCAGCAGUGUGAGGAGACCUUAAAGUGGGAC